AUUGAAUAUUUUCCUUUCCAAAUGACCUAAAACAGCUAGACUAAAAUAUUUCUUCUGGGAAUUUGAAGUAUAGGAGCAUUGACUGGAACAGCCCAUUGGCAGUAGUAGAAGUGACUAUAGGACCAUCAGCUCUUAAUUACGCAUGUUCAUUGGCUAAUUUGCCUCUCCCAACCUGGAUUUUAACUCCCAAGAUUCCCAGACAGUUCACUUUCUCAGAAAAGUCUCAUACAUCCGCUGCUUACCAAAAGGGAACAUGUAAAGUGUGUGCAUGGGGAAGGGUUCCUGUCAUUCUUAACUCUCUUAUUAUGUGCCUUAAUAAAAUGUAGGCUGUAGGUCUGGAUUGUAUAACAUCAAACUGAGAGGACAGAACGCAAAUAAAUGCAGACUCUGCAGAGAGUUGAACUGCUGGUGGUUUGGGGGGCAUGUUGGCGUCACAUUUGCCUUGAAGCAGUUCCUGCUGGCAUCAAAUUUUGUUUCCUGAUCAUGCCCUGCAGGAGCCCUGGUGGUCUUAGGCGGCAGAAGGAGCGGGCACUGAAAAGUCUGCCUUUGUUUUCUGAAGAACAAGACCGCCCCUCCCUUGCCCUUUGCCUUCAUGAACUGCCUGGGAUCCCGGAUGCCAGGAUGGAGGCAGGACCACUGGAGAGGCUGCCAGACUUGCUUCAGAGCGGCCCGAAUCACACGUCACCAACCAAAGUCAUUGGGCCGUCGGUACUGAAGGAGCUGGGCGGAAGUUCUCUGGUGGCUGACCAUGAAGGAAAAAGUCUGGACAUCAAGCAAGAUGACCCCAGAGAGAUCAUUGACAAUAUCAUAGAAGAAAGCCAGAAAGCCCACCAGCUUGAGGAUGGCCCCUUGGCUCUCCCGAAAAAGGAACUGACCAACCCCUCGUCACACGCGAACGCUUGGAUUUCUGGAGCAGAUCUCCUCCAUCACAUUCCCGAACUCCUGAUUGCGGAAGCCACGCCGCAAGGGCCUCGUGAAGCCCCUGCCGGUCUGGCCAACGGGGUGGCGUCCCCGGAGGCCCCGCCGCCUCCCAGCAGCGAGGGGGCAGAUCACCCCAAAGGGGAAGAUGCUGCCGUCUCCGCAGGAAGCCCAGGCGAGAGCCAAGGGCGGAAAGCAGCAGCCGGAGGAGACCAGCCAGAGGAGGAGAGUGACGAAGUGGCCGACCUGAGGCAGGCAGACGGAUUUGACCAGGCGCCACCCUCGGAUCUCUUGCCUCCCCAAGGCGGCUCAGCCGCUGACGAGAUGCCUCCAGCCAAACCCCCCCGGCAGCUCACUGCGGAGCCGGACAUCGUCGCCAGCACAAAGAAAUCUGGCCCGGCCCGGCCUAUCCCCAGCCUGGAAGUUCCUCGGGAGCCUUUUUCCCUGGGGGGCCUUCUGUCUCCAAACGCCUCCCUGGACUCCAUAGCCAAAGACUCACAGCCUUCCCUGGACUUGGCGAGCGCAACCAGCGGAGACAAGAUUGUCACGGCUCAGGAAAAUGGGAAAUCGGCAGAUGGCCAGGUGGUGUCGAGUGAAGUGAUCGGACCCCAGAGACCCAGAUCGAACUCGGGCAGAGAACUCACCGAUGAGGAGAUCUUGGCGAGUGUCAUGAUCAAGAACCUGGACACGGGAGAGGAGAUACCCCUGAGUUUGGCCGAGGAAAAGCUGCCCACAGGCAUUAAUCCCCUGACGCUGCAUAUCAUGCGGCGGACAAAGGAAUACGUCAGUAACGACGGGGCCCAGUCGGACGAUGAAGACAAAAUGCAGUUGCAGCAGAGUGACACCGACGGGGGUCGCUUGAAACAGAAAACGACGCAACUGAAAAAAUUCUUGGGCAAAUCGGUCAAGAGGGCCCGGCAUCUGGCCGAAGAGUACGGAGAGCGUGCCGUCAAUAAAGUGAAGAGUGUCCGAGACGAAGUCUUCCAUACCGAUCAAGACGACCCGUCGUCGAGCGACGAUGAAGGGAUGCCCUACACCCGGCCCGUGAAAUUCAAAGCCGCGCACGGCUUCAAGGGUCCAUACGACUUCGAGCAAGUGAAAGUUGUGCAGGAUCUCAGUGGGGAGCACAUGGGGGCCGUCUGGACCAUGAAGUUUUCACACUGCGGCCGGCUGCUCGCCUCGGCGGGCCAGGACAACCUCGUGAGGAUUUGGGUGCUGAAGACGGCCUUUGACUAUUUCAAUAACAUGCGGAUGAAGUACAACACCGAAGGCCGCGUGUCCCCCUCCCCAUCUCAAGAGAGCCUGAACUCAGCCAAGUCAGAUAACGAUAUGGGGGUUUGUAGUGGGACCGACGAGGACCCUGAUGACAAAAGCACACCGUUUCGGCAGCGGCCAUUCUGCAAAUACAAAGGGCACACAGCAGAUCUCCUGGAUUUGUCCUGGUCUAAAAAUUACUUCCUGCUCUCUUCAUCCAUGGAUAAGACAGUCCGGCUCUGGCAUAUAUCCCGGCGGGAAUGCCUGUGUUGUUUUCAGCACAUCGAUUUUGUCACUGCAAUUGCCUUCCAUCCCAGGGAUGACAGAUACUUCUUAAGCGGCUCGCUGGAUGGCAAGCUUCGACUCUGGAACAUUCCUGACAAAAAGGUGGCACUCUGGAAUGAAGUGGAUGGGCAAACCAAGCUGAUUACAGCCGCAAACUUUUGCCAGAAUGGCAAAUACGCCGUGAUCGGCACCUACGACGGCCGGUGUAUCUUCUAUGACACAGAGCAUCUGAAGUAUCAUACCCAGAUCCACGUGCGGUCAACUAGAGGACGGAAUCGAGUUGGGAGGAAGAUCACUGGGAUCGAGCCCUUGCCGGGAGAAAACAAGAUCCUCGUGACCUCCAACGACUCGCGAAUCCGGCUGUACGAUCUGCGGGACUUGUCUCUCUCGAUGAAGUACAAGGGCUACGUCAACAGCAGCAGCCAAAUCAAAGCCAGCUUCAGCCACGACUUCACGUACAUUGUCAGCGGCUCGGAAGAUAAGUACGUUUACAUCUGGAGCACCUACCACGACCUGAGCAAAUUCUCUUCCGUCAGGAGAGAUCGCAACGAUUUCUGGGAGGGGGUCAAAGCGCACAAUGCUGUUGUCACCUCAGCCAUUUUCGCCCCGAACCCCAGCUUGAUGGUAUCCUCCGAAACAGCUGAGAAGCCCCCGGCCGAAAGCAAAAGCGAAGAUUCGGUGUCUGCAGACCCCAUUCCUUCCGGAGCCUUGAAGGCGGACCACGCGGAGGUCCUUCUCUCAGCUGAUUUUACUGGAGCCAUCAAAGUCUUUAUCAACAAAAAGAAAAACCUGUCUUGAAUCGUCAGUAACUCAGAAGCAUCUCGAUAAUGGUACCUGGGUGUGAAUCACGUGCUUGGUGGAGCAGAGUGUAAUCUAGCGCUGGAGGCUGGCUUAGUUUUAAAUCCUUUCGUUUAAAGCUGCUCUACUGGACCUCCCGAAGAAGCAUCAUCUGAACUCUUAAGCCCCCUCCCCGUCCCCACUGCUUUUAGAUUAGAAAGGGAAGGGCACCAGUAGCGUCGCUCGGAAAAAAAGCGCGAGCGAGAGCGAGAGCGAGCCUUGCCAUUUCUGAAUAAUUCUGCUGCUAAAUAAUGCGCCGGAUGCAGGACUCUGCACCCAAUGCGAUAUUUCCACGUGGAGGUGUCCCUUUGGGGUCUCCCACGAACAAUUACGCAGGGGUGAAGACUUAUUUGAUUCGGUGGUGCCCAGGUGGGGGUAGAAGCCCUUCAUUUGCAGGUGCACAAAGCAAAUGCCGUCUCUGCCCAGAAUUCUGUCCCCGGUGAGGCGGGUCUGUGUCCCGGCUUCUCUCAGUGAGCUGCAUUAGUGGCCAGACCCCUCCUCUUCUGCGAGAUCCUCCUUUGGACUCUCCCCCCCAGCCCCUGGAUGGAUUAGCGGCAACCUCGUAUCCGUGUUUUAUAACGUGGACUUCUGUGGUCUUCUCACUGUUGUGCACUCGAGUCUGUUCUCUUCCUUUUUUUUUUUUUUUUGCACACCGGAGCACAAUAUUUCUAUGAAGAGUUUCUCAUUCCUUACUCCCGGGCACAGGGAUAUCCGCUCACUUUAAAGCGACUGAAGCUGCAUUAGGAACAAUUCUUAUAUUUUACAACGAUGUAAAAUAAACUGUUUACACAUUUUUAAAAUGUUGUAGUUUUAAGUUUUUCUGUUUUUGUUUUUGUUACCCUGUUCAGAGCUAAAACUGAAUGGAAAGGCUUUGUAAAUAUUUGUAAAGCAAGACCAAUGACGCAACGAUUUGCGGGGCUGAAGCCCGCAAAGGGUUGUCGAUGGUGUGUCAUUAAAGCGGGUCGCAGUG